AUGAAGCUGAGCGACAUAGAGAGUUGUAUGCUGCUCUGCCUUCUCUUCGCCCACUGCACAUUCGUGUCUGGAACACAUAGGCGUCUACAUUUCGUACCUUCAUCUAUCUACAUGGAGCCCUGUGCCAGCGAGUACCUGAUUCAGGCGUACUUUCUUCACGAGCGUGGCGUUGCCAUGCCUAACAUCAUCAACCUAGACAUCAUCGAGGAAGCUUUAAACUUUUACGGCUCACAUAAAGACAAGGAAGCGGUCGACGUACUCGAAAAGUGGUACGAAGAAGCCAAACGCCAGCACGAGCGCACUUAUCCUUGGGACAAAGACCGCGUUAUUCCAAAGCGACUCGCCAGUCUCCCCAUCCUCUUCAUCGACCUCGAUCAUUGA